AUGGGUCCUACGUCGGUCAAAGAUGACGCCACGAGAGGCGGCCCCACACAGUGCCUGGUUCUCCACGGAUCAGGAGGCCAGACUUCUGGCAAGAGAAGACAGUCAGGAAUCCCAGGUGAGGCUGAUAUAGUGCGUGAUCUCGUAGUUCACCGCCAGGAGGUCGCUCCCAUCGCGCUGACCAGGCCCUGGUGGUCGUUGCACAGAGGCGGCGGAGGAAGUGGGCUGGGGACAGUGGCAGGCCCAGGGGUGGGGGCAUGGCCAUGGGGGGGCCGCAUCCCGUCCUCCACUCUGAACAGGGACAGACGCUGGGGCUGGGGGUCCUGGGGCGGAGGUCCGUCCAGGGGAGUGCCCAGACUCUCCGAGCUCAGGCCGUUCCUGGGUGGAGGGGUGGCCGGGGCAGCCGGGGGUGGAGGUAGUGGCGGCACAGGAGGUGGAGCGGAGAAAGGAGGCAGAGUGAGAUGUUCCCGCAGAAUCUGGGUUCUCCUGGGCUCGCUGGUUCUCGUCUUUCUCACCUCGCUCUUCUACACUGUCUCACUCCGCGGCGGGGUCAGCUUCAACUACCUGGAGCCGCCUGGGUGGGAGGAGUCCCGGCGUGUGAAGCUAGUGCCCAACUACGCGGGCACUCACCACCUGUCACCACCCGACACUUCCCAACAGAAGACAUGUGCCUGCCCGCGCUGUGUCGGAGACCCGGGCGUUUCCGAUUGGUUCGACGAGAACUACGAUCCAGAUAUCUCACCUGUUUGGACCAGAGACAACGUCCAGCUGCCUCCCGAUGUCUACUACUGGUGGGUGAUGUUACAGCCACAGUUUAAACCCCACAGCAUCCAGCAGGUGCUGCUGAGACUGUUCCAGGUGAUUCCAGGAAGGACGCCGUACGGCUCGUGGGAUCCCGGGCGCUGCCUGCGCUGCGCCGUGGUGGGAAACUCCGGCAACCUCCGCGGGGCUGGAUACGGCCCCACCAUAGAUGGACACAACUAUAUCUUGAGGAUUAAUCUGGCUCCCACCGUGGGCUACGAGGAGGACGCAGGCAGCCGCACCACGCACCACUUCAUGUACCCGGAGAGCGCCAAGAACCUGGCGGCCAACGUCAGCUUCGUCCUGGUUCCCUUCAAGACGCUGGAUCUCGUCUGGAUCACCAGCGCUCUGUCCACGGGCCAGAUUCGAUUUACCUACGCUCCAGUGAAGCAGUUCCUCCGUGUGGAUAAAGACAAGGUCCAAAUCUUUAACCCAGCGUUCUUUAAAUACAUCCACGACCACUGGACGAGCCAUCACGGACGCUACCCCUCCACGGGCAUGCUCGUGCUCUUCUUUGCCCUUCACAUCUGCGAUGAGGUGAACGUGUUUGGAUUUGGGGCGGACAGCAGAGGGAACUGGCACCACUACUGGGAGCAGAACCGCUACUCCGGAGAGUUCAGGAAGACGGGCGUCCACGACGCGGACUACGAGGCCCAGAUAAUCGAGCGGCUCGCCAAGGCAGGCAAAAUCACCGUGUUCCCUGGGAAAUAAGCGGCUAAUCACACAGCCCCAGUGCGUUUAACGUUAGAAGAAAACUCUAGAGAGGCUGCGUAGAAUGUGUGUGAGGUUCUAGCUGUUGCUCUUUAGUUUGGAAUCCCAGUUUAAAGCAAGAUAAAGAGGCCGCUUCACAAUCAGCUCACCAUUCUUGGAUCAUAGUGUUGCCUCUUCCUGGAACAUGUUGAUCUAUAUGUAGGUCUGAAACUAAAAGUGGGAGUUGAGCCAGAAGUAGUGACUCUGAAGUAAUAUCAACGCUGAAGAGUUCACCUCUAAUGUCCCUGACCACUGAUCCGUUUCCCAGAGCAGAUUCGCCACAAAUAUCCUCCACCUCUGGACUCAAUCUGGCGGAAAACAUUUCCCUUUUAUGAUAAUUUAAUCCACGUUUAUUAACAAAAAAACACUCAACAUCUAACAUACUGAGACGACCACAGAUGGGGCUUUUGUUUUGCAGCUUCAUGGCGUCUCACGGCAAAUUCCCAGCUCAGCGUCGGCCCCUGACCUGUGGGAUAUUUAUGAAGACGAGGAGCCCGAAGGCCUUCACACGGAAAAUUGAGGACACAAACUGUGGCGAUAUUGGAUUUUAUUGUACUGUCAAACACCUUCAAGGCACCAGGGCGACUUUUAACAGCUCCAUUAAGACCUCGGGGACAUUGUUUGAUUUGCCGUCACGCGUGGAAAAAAAAAUUUGUUCUCCUCGAAUCAUAAAUGAGGUAAAAAAAAAACGUCUCUCUCGCCACUUUUCCACCAUUAAUAACUCAACUUUAUGUGAGUUCUGCCUCAAAAGACUGUUUCAUAGACUGUGUGUGUCUUUGAUGGGUCAUUAAAGACUUGUUAUACGAUGAUUGGUGACUGCUGGGGGGUUCUGUCCUCCAAACCCUUCCAGAUCCUGACCAGUGUUUGCAGAUGCAGACGAGACUUUUUGCCUUUCCUGACGCAGAGAGACGACUGCGGCACUGAACAUCAGCUCCUCCAGUCUGACUUUCACUGCCCACGGCACCUCAGUCCUAGCUGCUGGAGAGUAUUACCGAGACUCUUUAACGAGGCCCAAAAGUCCACCUCCUGGGAUUUCAUGUUUGGAUGGAGACAGGCCGGUUUCUGGACUGGAGUUUAAUCCCCAUGGGGCCCGCGAGGCUCUAAUUUGGGAGAGGGAGAGCGGCGCUGACAGAGAGCUGGGGAAUGAAGAGCCAGUCGGACAAAAGCCAGCAUUAGAAACACAGCAUUUGCUCCAGCGUUUUCACAAGCAGAGAGUGAGAAGUUUCUGCUUGUGAUGUUCAUCUGCUGCAGCUUCACCGGGGUCACCACGCGAAAUGAAAUGAAGCAAAAACAACAAAACUGCUUCAUUUCAUUUUCCACCCCCCGUCACUAAUCUUAACUCUCCAGCCUGACUCUUUUAUCCCUCUGAAGUUAAGAGACUGUGACUGACUCUGGCCCAGAUUUAGGACCUUCAUGAUUGGGCGAAGGAAAAAAGCCCAGUGGAUUUGGGAACUAUUUAACUUGUCAGCAGCUCGGCUUCGUUAACCACCAGCUCCUGGUCCCUGCUCAGCCAAUUAAAAAACGUCAGAUAAUGUCUGGAGGGUGGUGAAGCCACCGGACAGACAGACAGACAGACAGACGCCUUAGACUUCACCUCUGUACAACAUAAAGUGUGCACCUCCUGCUCCAAUUUCCGUCACAAUGCACAUAUUCCUCCGGCAGAUGUUGUUGUUGCUGUGUUGAGUUUACACUUUCAGUGGAUUUAUACUUUUGGCUCAGAUCAGAUCCUCGUUACCGUCCAGGUGGCACAUUAACGGCCCCGCUCAUCCCGUGUCAUUGUCACAUAAUACCCAUUUGCACAUUUAUAGCCUCCAUUGUUGGUAAUUUACACUUGAACUGCACCAAGGACACGCAAACAAGUGUCGGAGAACUGAGACAUCUGUGAAAAAGGAGGAGAUGAAAGUGUAAAUCUGAAGGUCAUAAGUUUAGAAUAAUUUCACACUAAACUCAUGUGUGGGUUUGAAUAUUUAUUGACCAGCAUUAAUGCGUACAGUGAUUCCCAAAGACUGGGUCGGGGCCCACAAACGAGCCGUGGUGACUCCAAACUAAAUUUGCAGAAUUUUCCCAACUUUUCAAAUUUCAGGUUUGUGUGUAUUUUGUUUUAAAUAACACGUGUAAAAUGAAGCUGUAAUUCAUUUAUGAGAUAUCUGUUCAUUUUACUAAGUCAUAAUCAGAUUAGGGGUUACCAUGGUUGUAAAUUUAGUUAUAUACAUAUUAGCUCUCAUGUACUUUAUACUUUCACAAUAGUUUGCCAGAAGGUUUGGGGAACACUGUAACAAAAAAAGUCUAUGAAUGACUACAACAUUCAAAGUUUAAGGUUCCAUGUGGAGUUUUAAGACCUCGUUGAGCUUUUGACGUAAUGUUUUUCCACUUAUUUAUUUUGUCUGUGCCACACAGUGACAUGGCGGUUAGUAUCGUCGCUUCACAGCAGGGCGGUCAUUUGUCUGAAUCUCAAAUUGACGAGGACGUUCCUGUGUAGGGUUUAGAACGUUCUCCUCAUGUGCACGUGACUUCCUGCCCAGCGCUGUUUUAAAACAGAAGACAUGUUGAGGGAUUUCGGUAGGAAAAGCACCGGUGCUGCAGGGGUUGGGUACCUUGCUCAAGGGUACAUCAGACUUUGAACUGGCAACCCUCCGAUUAAACCCUUGAACCCUGUCUUGUCACACUGAUCUGAUUUCUUAAUGUUCUCACUGAAGUUUCACUCUCCUGCACCGAAGCCCAUGGAGAAAAUCACUGUUUUCUCCAUUUUCUGUUUUGAUACAUUUGCAUCACUGAGGUUAAUCCUAACAAAGAUUAUUAUAAACACAGACGCAACAAAAUGACACAUUGAAACUUACUGAAGGAGGCAGCAGUGGAUCAAC